CCUAAUAACAUGGGGCUAGGCAGCUCCCAGGCCCCGGUAGGGCUGAUCCCAGCUACUCAGGCAGCACCACAGACCCCAAGAGUCCUGCUAAAUGUUUUGGCUGCACCAGGCUACUAGAACAAAGCUAUCUUGGGGUUUCCUGCCACUCUAGACCUUGAACUCAUCCUGGCCCUAUCUUCGGGAAAAGGAAAUUGCCAGCAGGGCCGGCCAGGCCUGACUUCCCUUCCUCUAGCAUGACAGCAUGAGUCUGAAUGUCAGGGUCAGGCUGAGGACACACCACGCGGUGGCUGAUAUUUUUAGGGACCAAAAAUGUAUGGCUCAGGAUCUGGUUUCUCUGGCCAAGAGGGGGGAGGAGGAGGAGUGAUAAAGAGGGAGGGAAAGGGGAGGAGCCCCCCACCCGGGCAUGGGGCUAAUUUAGGGAAAAGGGCCCUGAGCUAUUUCCAGCUGCCGGGAACAAGUGGGCCCCUCCUCCUGGGUCUGCCCUCGGCCUCCUCCCCCGAGACGCCCUCCAAGAUGCCAUGUACAUAUAAAGGUGCUGGGUUUUCUCAAUGAAGCGGGGGCAGCCUGGCAGCAGGUCACAGCCGAGCGCGCCACCCUCCGCGAAUAUGAAGAUCGUCGUGGGCAUCGGAGGUGUGACUAAUGGCGGCAAGACCACCUUGACCAACAGCCUCUGCAAGGCCCUGCCCAACUGCUGUGUGAUCCACCAGGACGACUUCUUCAAGCCCCAAGACCAAAUAGCUGUUGGGGAGGAUGGCUUCAAACAGUGGGACGCGCUCGAGUCCCUGGACAUGGAGGCCAUGGUGGGCACCGUGCAGGCCUGGCUCAGCAGCCCCCAGAAGUUCGCCCGUGCACACGGGAUCCGCCUGCAGCCCAGCGCCCCGGACACCCACAUCCUGCUGCUGGAGGGCUUCCUGCUUUACAGCUACCAGCCUCUGCUGGACCUGUACAGCCGCCGUUACUUCCUGACCAUCCCUUACGAGGAGUGCAAGUGGCGGAGAAGCACCCGCAGCUACCCGGUCCCUGACCCCCCCGGGCUGUUCGAUGGCCACGUGUGGCCCAUGUACCAGAAGUAUAAGCGAGAGAUGGAGGCCUGUGGCGUGGAAUGCAUCUGGACGGCAUGCGACCCCGUGAGGAGCUCUUCCUGCAGGUGCUGGGGGACAUUCAGAAUUCGCUGCUCAACCACCGCUAGCACUGCCACCCGCCCACCUGCUCUGCUGGGCCACAGGGACCCGGUGGGAUUCCAGCCCCAGGACGCCCGGUCCUGGGCAAGUGGCCGGCCACUGUGUGGCUGUGUCCCCUAUAGGGACGUCUUUGCCAAGAGUGUAUGCACUGUCACGGGGUUCUGGGAUCCCAGAUGCCUUUGCGACCUUGCUGUGGCUUCAAGAAUAAACUCAGUCUUGUUUUUAUAAUCCUU